AUGCAAGGACAAAAAAGUUCCAUUACUACCCUGUCCGAGAACUUGAGCUUCGAACGUGGCUCCACAUCAAGUGAGCCCGUUAUAGACUCCCAAAUAUCAUGGAACAAUAUGCAGACACCACCCAGUAAUCAUCAACUCCCGGAGUACAGACUAUCUCCAAAUGGAACCAACCUUCAGUACCUCAACCCUUUAGCUCGCGAGUUGCCGCUAAAUGCCGAGUGGAGCUUAGGAGAAACUAGUCGAGGAGAUGAAAACAACGAAAGAAAACGAGAAAAUGCAUGGUCCCUCCCCUCUCGGCCUGUUCUUUCCUUGGACGGUCCUUGUUUUCAGGCGCCUAAUAUUCUUCCUCAAAAUAUAAAUAUUAACCUAAAUGCAAACGACACUCAGCCUCAGGACCUCAACAUGCAGGCCGAGUUCGAGGAUUCUGAGCAUUUACCUUCUGGAAGAAUUGGGCAUAUUAUGAACAGUGCGGAAAAUGUGGCAGGCUGCUCUGUGGUCAGUCGACACAUGUCGUGCAAGAGAAAAUCUCCCGAGGUGCAUGCCGGAGGGCAGUCCUCCGGGGCAGGUGGCUCGAGGACGGCUGAAAACGGGCCGACUGCUAAUAAUGGGCUUGAGCAGGCGAACUCAAGACUCAGGCUUGGGCCCGAACAGUUCUCUCCUUCCUCCGCCAUAUACGAGAGUUCUCAAAGGAAUUGCCGCCUUAGGAUCAAUGGGUUACGCCGCCACCAGGAUCAUCACGUGCCCUUGAAUCCAACUUUGCUGGGGCCCGCAAACCCGCCUGACGACCCGUCUUCCCGGGCCCGACCGAGCGUAUCUCUUCGUGAUCGUUUGUUGGCCCUGAACCCGCCCCCAAUUUCUGGGAACGGGAGAGUUCAUGAUCAGUCGGGCCUUCUGCAUGCCCAUUCCUCGCGUAGAAACACGCAGUUGAGUUGGACCGUGCCUGGAGCCACAAGAGUUGGUAAUUUUUCUGCUUCAGGCGAGAGGGAGGCUGUUCUUUAUGAGGAACCCAUUAUACAAAAUGAGUUGGGAAGCAUUUCUGAACACCCCAUUUUUGUUCCUGCUAGUGAGGUAGGAAGUUUGCCUCAACAGCCCGUAAACUGGAACUUUGCCAGUGUUGCAGGCCCUCGUUUGGGCAGUGCCAACUCGUCUGGUUCUUCAUGGGCCAACCGUAGCCGUCCGCAGUAUUCACGUAGACUGUCGGACAUUGCUCGGAGGUCUUUGUUGACAUCGGCAGGUGUCGAGUCAUCUGGAGGAGGUCAGAGUAGCAGUGAAGCCAUACAGUCGGGCCCAUCACAGGGUGUGGUGAUUUCAUCAGGGCCCGGUAAUCAAAGUCGGCAUUUGUCAGGCUUUAGGUCAGGAUUGUCCGAGAGACAGCUUGCGGAUGGUGCUUAUGGACUGCCUCAUUCGUUGAGAAAUUUGGCGGCCGCUGGUGAAGGAAGAGCGAAUUUGAUGUCCGAGCAUAUUCGCCAUGUCUUAGAUCUCAUGCGGAGGGGAGAGGGCUUGAGACUUGAGGACGUGAUGAUUCUUGAUCGCUCGCUCUUUUUCGGAAUGGCUAAUAGACACGACCGUCAUCGUGACAUGCGACUUGAUAUAGAUAACAUGUCUUAUGAGGAGUUAUUGGCCCUAGGGGAGCGUAUAGGACAUGUGUCCACGGGAUUGAAUGAAGGAACUAUAAUGAGUCGUUUGAAGCAGACAAAAUAUGUAAAACGAGCUGAAGAAGAUCAGGCCGAGACCGAGCCUUGUAGUAUUUGUCGAGAAGAAUACAUUAAUGGGGAAAAUCUUGGGAUACUUGACUGUGGGCAUGAAUUUCAUAGGGACUGUAUCAAACAAUGGCUCGGGCACAAAAACUUGUGCCCAAUUUGUAAAAUGACGGGCCUAGCGAAAUAA